GUAUCCCCAAUAAGUUGUGCCUGCCCUAUAUAGAGAGCCUCAAAUAUGACUUACAAAAUAUUGUGGAAAUUAAAGAACAAGUUAUAUAAUUACCAGCAGGCCAACAGCUUGUAAAAGUGUGACACAUAUCAUGAACACUCCUAUGUGUACGUCGUUGGGAGUUAGGAAAGGUUCAUGGACUGAAGAAGAAGAUUUUCACUUGAGAAAAUGCAUUCAAAAAUAUGGUGAAGGAAAGUGGCAUCUUGUUCCUUCUAGAGCUGGUCUAAAUAGAUGUCGGAAAAGCUGUAGACUGAGAUGGCUAAAUUAUCUAAGACCACAUAUCAAGAGAGGUGACUUUGAACCAGAUGAAGUGGAUCUCAUUUUGAGGCUUCAUAAACUCUUAGGCAACAGGUGGUCACUUAUUGCUGGUAGACUUCCAGGAAGGACAGCAAACGAUGUGAAAAACUACUGGAAUACUCGCCUUCUAAGGAAGUUAAAUACUAAUAUUACUAAGAAUGAAAUAAUAAAACCUCAACCUCGGACCUUAUCAUCAAAUGCAAAGAAUGUUUCUUGGUGCAACGACAAAAGUAUGAUCACAAACACAUUAGAUAAAGAUGACGAACAACGCAACAAAGAACUCGUAGUAAAUAUUUGUGAGAAGCCAAUGGGAGAAACAACAACGUUGUCAUCGCCUAUAGACGAUGACGGAGUUGAAUGGUGGACAAGUUUACUGGAAAAUUGUAAUGAAGUUGAGGAUGAAGAAGCAGUACUAUUGAGCUUUGAGGAAGAAAAUAAGUUGUUACCAAAUUUGUUGCAUGAGGAAAAUAAUUCACCAAUCAUGCUACAAGGAGAAAGUGAUGGUUGGGAUAUUGACUUAUUAUGGAAUCUACUUAAUUAAUUAAUUAGUGUCAUCAAUAUCUCUAUUAAAACCUAUUAUAAU